UUGGGGAGCGGGGCUGGAGAGGGCUGAUUCGCUCUGGGGCCAGGCCCCUCCCCCGCCCGGGAGCUCCGCGGUUCAGACAAGGCGGUCAGCGCGGGGCGAGCCCCAGACCCGGCCCGCGAGGCUGGCAGUGGGGCUCGGGUGCGAGCGCGCGCCGCGCCCUCCCCCUUGCGCCGUCUCCGCAGCGACGCGGGGAGGCGGGAGCUGCGGAGCCGAAGGGCGGGGGCUAAAAAUACCCGGCAGCUGCGGCGGCGGCGCGGCUACUGCUGGGGCUGCUGGGCUGCGGGGCUGCGGGCCUGGGAGGCCGGCCGGGCCAGGCCCCGCUGACCGCCAUGCUGACCUUCUUCCUCGUGUCAGGGGGCUCCCUCUGGCUGUUCGUGGAGUUUGUCCUCUCACUUCUGGAGAAGAUGCAGACACAGGAGAUCCUGAGGAUACUGCGGCUGCCUGAGCUAGGCGACUUGGGCCAGUUUUUCCGCAGCCUCUCGGCCACCACCCUUGUGAGUAUGGGUGCCCUGGCCGCCAUCCUCGCUUACUGGUUCACUCACCGGCCAAAGGCUUUGCAGCCACCAUGCAACCUCCUGAUGCAGUCAGAAGAAGUAGAGGACAGUGGCGGGGCAAGGCGAUCUGUGAUUGGGUCUGGCUCUCAGCUACUUACCCACUACUACGACGAUGCCCGGACCAUGUACCAGGUGUUCCGCCGUGGGCUUAGCAUCUCAGGGAAUGGGCCCUGUCUUGGUUUCAGGAAGCCCAAGCAGCCUUACCAGUGGCUGUCCUACCAGGAGGUGGCCGACAGGGCUGAAUUUCUGGGGUCCGGACUUCUCCAGCACAAUUGUAAAGCAUGCACAGAUCAGUUUAUUGGUGUUUUUGCACAAAAUCGGCCAGAGUGGAUCAUUGCGGAGCUGGCCUGCUACACAUAUUCCAUGGUGGUGGUCCCUCUCUAUGACACCCUGGGCCCUGGGGCUAUCUGCUACAUCAUCAAUACAGCGGACAUCAGCACUGUGAUUGUGGACAAACCUCAGAAGGCUGUGCUUCUGCUACAGCAUGUGGAGAGGAAGGAGACUCCAGGCCUCAAGCUGAUCAUCCUCAUGGACCCAUUCGAAGAAACCCUGAAAGAGAGAGGGCAGAAGUGCGGGGUGGUCAUUAAGUCCAUGCAGGCUGUGGAGGACUGUGGCCAAGAGAAUCACCAUGUUCCUGUGCCCCCGCAGCCUGAUGACCUCUCCAUUGUGUGUUUCACAAGCGGCACAACAGGGAACCCAAAAGGUGCGAUGCUCACCCAUGGGAACGUGGUGGCCGAUUUCUCAGGCUUUCUGAAAGUGACAGAGAAAGUGAUCUUUCCGAGACAGGACGAUGUGCUCAUCUCCUUCCUGCCUCUGGCUCACAUGUUUGAGAGAGUAAUCCAGAGUCAGUGGGCUCCCACUUGUUCGGAUGUGCACAUUUCCUAUUUGCCUUUAGCACACAUGUUUGAGCGAAUGGUGCAGUCUGUUGUCUAUUGCCAUGGAGGGCGUGUUGGCUUCUUCCAGGGAGACAUCCGCCUCCUCUCAGAUGACAUGAAGGCUCUAUGCCCCACCAUCUUCCCUGUGGUACCACGACUGCUAAACCGGAUGUACGACAAGAUCUUCAGCCAGGCAAACACACCAUUAAAGCGCUGGCUCCUGGAGUUUGCAGCAAAGCGUAAACAAGCCGAGGUCCGGAGUAGAAUCAUCAGGAAUGAUAGUAUCUGGGAUGAACUCUUCUUUAAUAAGAUUCAGGCCAGUCUUGGUGGGUGCGUGCGGAUGAUUGUUACUGGAGCAGCCCCAGCAUCACCAACAGUUCUGGGAUUUCUCCGGGCAGCUCUAGGGUGCCAGGUUUAUGAAGGUUAUGGCCAAACUGAGUGCACAGCUGGAUGUACCUUCACCACGCCUGGGGACUGGACCUCAGGGCACGUAGGGGCGCCACUUCCCUGCAAUCAUAUCAAGCUCGUUGAUGUUGAGGAACUGAACUAUUGGGCCUGCAAAGGAGAGGGAGAGAUAUGUGUGAGAGGACCAAACGUGUUCAAAGGCUACUUGAAAGAUUCAGACAGGACAAAGGAGGCCCUGGACAGUGAUGGCUGGCUUCACACUGGAGAUAUUGGGAAAUGGCUGCCGGCAGGAACUCUUAAAAUUAUUGAUCGGAAAAAGCACAUAUUUAAACUUGCUCAGGGAGAAUAUGUUGCACCCGAGAAGAUUGAGAACAUCUACGUCCGGAGCCAACCUGUAGCACAAAUCUAUGUCCAUGGGGACAGCUUAAAGGCCUUUUUGGUAGGCAUUGUCGUACCUGACCCUGAAGUUAUGCCCUCCUGGGCCCAGAAGAGAGGAAUUGAAGGAACAUAUGCAGAUCUCUGCACAAGUAAGGAUCUGAAGAAAGCCAUUUUGGAAGAUAUGGUGAGGUUAGGAAAAGAAAGUGGACUCCAUUCUUUUGAGCAGGUUAAAGCCAUUCACAUCCAUUCUGACAUGUUCUCUGUUCAAAAUGGCUUGCUGACACCAACACUAAAGGCUAAAAGACCUGAGCUGAGAGAGUACUUCAAAAAACAAAUAGAAGAGCUUUACUCAAUCUCCAUGUGACGUUCAAGGAAAAUUCUUCUCCGUAUAAUGGACUGUGUAGCAAUAUUAUAGUUAUUCUUGAAAGUAAUGAGUCAAAAUGACACAGGUGAAAAUGAAUAAGCAUCUGAUUUUACGACUGAGCCUUUUCUUGUCCCAAGAGGUCUUUAACAAUAUUUUCUCUAUCAUCACUGAGUACACUUUAUUUUUAUUAUUAAAAUGAUAUUGUAGCAGGCUGCUAAAAAUAUCAAAAAUGGCAAUGUAAAAAUCAAGACAUUUUCUCAAGAACUGUGUACCACUAAAAGUAAUAGAUUCUCAAUGUUCACAGAACUCCUAUUAAACAUAAAGGAAAAACAUAACUGAUAUAUUGUACUUAAUUAUUUAUGAAAUAGUAACCAGAUGCAGCAAAUAUCUAGGCAAUGUGGACUACCUCAUUCAAUAACUGACUGUCAAAAUCACAAUUAAAUGAGACUUCAAAAAUUAAAGCUAGGUGUACAGAAUCAUGCUAAAACAAAACAUAAUAACUCAUAGUCUGUGUAACUUCAGAUUCUUUAAACAGGACAAUCCAUAUUGUCAUAUGUGAAGAAGUUUUCGCUCUGAUUUUUACUUUUAUUCAUGAAAAAUACAAAUUCAGAAAUUCUUUUUGUUCUUUUUUUUUGAGACACGUUCCGCUCUGUCACCUAGGCUGGAGUGCAGUGGUUCAAUCAUGGCUCAUUGCAGUCUCCAUUGCCUGAGCUCAAGUGCUCCUCCUGUCUCUGCCUCCCAGUAGCUAAGACUAGAAGCACACACCACCACAUCUGGCUAAUUGAAAUUUUUUUCUUUUUAGAGAUGAGGUUUCACUAUGUUGCUCAGGCUGGUCUCAAACUCCCGAGCUCAAGGGAUAAUCCUGCCUUGGCCUCCCUAAGUGCUAGGAUUACAGGCAUGAGCUACUGCACUCAGCCAAAUUCAGAUAUUUUAAAAAUAUGUGAAAUAUUUAACUUACAAAGACUUUUCAACAUAUUUUUCUCAUUUAUUAAACUCAUUAUUCAGGAACUACCUAGAAAAAAUAUACUAUAAAACUAUUCAAGAAUGGUAUGCAUAUGCGCUUAUCAUAAUGAAUUCUAAAAGUCAUCUGUUGACUCUACAGUAAAUGGAUCCUUGAGGAAGACUUGGGAGAAGAAACUCAGAGUUAUUUCUCAGGGUGGGCAGCAAUUAAUGUACCUAUAGUCCUUGCUGGGGUCUUCUAGUCUUCCAUUCCCAACGUGCCCAUGCUAUGCCUGAAAACCCUAUAUGACUGUAAUUCUGAACAACUUAACUUUUUUCCAGUAAGAAUAUCAAGGCAGAAGGUGGGAAGGAGGGGAUAUUAUCUCCAGGGAAAAUCGUUUUUCAACAGUAUAACUUUGAUAAACCUCUUUAAAGUGCCCCAAGAAAACUUUUUAAGUCCAUAGACAAAUAUCUCCUAAUGGCAUAAUUCCAUGCCUAAAAUCUUUAAACAUGCCCAAGUUUAACCACUAAAACCUUUUUUCCUGCAUUAUAUAUUUAGACACACCCUGUAUAGGGGUGUCAACAAUUUUAUAUAAUUAAAGUCCAGAUAUGAUGGAUAGCAAUUAAGUUCUAAGCUAUAGAUUGUACAUCUGAAAAGGGCAUGGUCUCUAGGAAGGUGUUUUUCUUCUAUAGAGACAGGACUCUGAAAGCAUAUGAACAAUCCAUAUACAAUUCAUUUGUUAAUUUAAAAUAUAUGAGCUCAGUGUUCUUAGUCUAGCAGCUCCUUUCCCUUGGAGGAAUGCCAAGCAGUUUGGAAAUAAAUCCUGUUAGUUAAAAACCAUAUAAUCACAUGGGCCUAUUGGAUAAAUAUGCAUCAGUGAUUAUAUACUUAUAUUUCAGUCUUAUCAAAAGUGAAUCACAGUUUCAUUUGAUGUGUUUAUCCAGUCUUUUAAAAUAUUCCUUGGGCAUAUUCUCUCUGAAGACCCACUGUUGCACUUAUAAAUUUGACAUUUAAUAAAUGAGUUAGUUCUAUGCACACUGAUUUUUAAAGGCAUUUCUGAAUAAACUAAUACUUAAAAUGUCCAAGGUAACAUCUGUAUAGCAUUAGAUUUUUAUAUUUAAUAUAUAUUUGACUAAUUAAAAGGGAACAUUGUUACCUGAACUGGAUAUUCAUACUAUUUUAAGGAAAAGUUCCUUACAUUUCAAUAACAAAGAAAGAAGCUGUUACCAUUGUCCUCCUACUCAACUAAAUUUUCAUAGUUGGCUUUAGUCCCAAAAGAGUUUUGAACAAUGUGACAUAAACAAGUAAUUUAAAACUUAUUUUGUUUUAUUUAUACUUUAUAAUAGAUAUGAUUGAUUAUGGACAACUUAAGAUUUCUUUUUUUUGCCUCUUAAAAUACCUUGUAUUUCUAGAGUUCCAGGUCUAUGUGGAAAUCAUUACACUUGGGCCAAUAAAUGGGUUAGUUCAGAUAUGCUGAGAAAAGUAAAUAGUGGACCCUAAAUAUAUUGCAUGUACAUUUAUUUCUUUCUCUGUUUAAUGUCACUUAAUUUUGUAAUAAAUGAGAAGUGAAACCCUAUGUAUCAAUGGAAAAAUCCUUCUUGCUUCAGAUUUCCCAACUUUAUUCUAGAGUAUAAAAAUUUUGUAUUUCUCAUGAACAAAGAUAGAAAAAGGUCAUGUACUUAUGAUGGUCACAUUCAUAUUCGGCAUUGGAUCCUAUUUAAGCCAGAAGUAUAACAGAGAAUCAAUUCCUUAAGGGUAAAUAUGUUCUUGAAUGUUUGGCCUUUUUAUCUGUUGUUAAAAUGUGUCAGUAAUUCUCAUAUUUUGCAAACAGGUCCUUUGUGUAUAUUGUAAAAUAUAUACUGAAUCUGUUUUUGCUGUGGAAGGUGUCUUUAUAUAAUAGUAGACUUCCCUUGCAAAUGGGAGAGGAGACUGGGCAGGUGUAGUAGGUAGGCCUAGCCCCAUGUAUUAGGAAGUCAAAAAGUCAGAAAUCCACAUUUACUCAAGUCAUGAUUUCAUUCUAAAUUUAGUUAAAACUACAAGUAUGAAUAAAAUAGAACUUUCCAUUGGAAUUUUUUACAAUCAGGUAAUGUUUUAGCAACUUCAAAUCAGCAUUUAAGUUAAUUUUAUUACCUAUUGAAAAACCAGUAACCUUUUCUUUUUCUGCAGUAAAGAAAAUGAAGUAUCCUUUAUUUUCCACAUGUAUGAAGCACAAAUGUGAUAUAGUUACUUAAAAUAUGAAAUAGGUUAAAAUGAAUGUAAGGAAUGGGAAAAUAUAUUUUUGCAUGAAAACAGACUGCUUACAAACAUGCUUUAUAUUUCAGGAAAAAAAAUGAAUAAUCACAUAUAAAAUUGGUAAACUAUAAAUUGGCUGCAUUUCUUUGCGAGUUAUAAUUUUAAGGAAGCAUUUACAUAAAAAGAAAAAAGGACCCUAGUAGUGUGCAUUUUCUCUCAAGUAUGCUAGAAAAUCCUUUCUGUGAAUCCGCAAUUAGUUGCAGUAGGAAGUGGUUUAGCAUUCAAGCAAGGUCAAUACCCCAAAUGAGAAACUCUUCAGUUAGAACACAUUAAUGGUGUAACACAGAGGCAGUAGAUAAAUAUUUUAAAUGAGCAUUUCUAAACUUGGUCCCAAAUGGAAAGGGUUUCAUGUGGUGACAGUGGCUUUUAAACAUUCAUUUGAGUGAUUAUUCUAAUUUUCCUUGUUAAAUCAUUGCAACAGUUGCAUGAGGGAAAAUAGAUAUUUUUUGAAGAAUUGCUUAUUCUACUUUCAAUUUUUAAAAAUUGAGGGGAUUAAAAUAUUACUUUUUAAAUAUGCAUAAAAGUAUCUUAACUGUAAUUAUAUUUUCAGUUGCUUUGUUAUAAUAGCAUGCAUAUCAAAUACAAAAUGCAUUUGUGAAAAUUUUUGUAAAAAAUAAAAGAUUUUUCAUUUCUCAAA